GUCAUCAAAGAAAUUAACAUCUCAAAAAUGUCCAGUAAAGAAAGAGAAGAAUCAAGUAGAGAAGUUGCAGUGUUGGCAAACAUGAAGCAUCCAAAUAUUGUCCAGUAUAGAGAAUCAUUUGAAGAACAUGGAUCUCUCUACAUAGUGAUGGAUUACUGUGAAGGAGGGGAUCUGUUUAAACGAAUAAAUGCUCAGAAAGGUAGUUUGUUUCAAGAGGAUCAGAUUUUAGACUGGUUUGUACAGAUAUGUUUGGCCCUGAAACAUGUUCAUGAUAGAAAAAUUCUUCAUCGAGAUAUUAAAUCACAGAACAUAUUUUUAACCAAAGAUGGAACAGUACAACUUGGAGAUUUUGGAAUUGCUAGAGUUCUUAAUAGUACUAUAGAGCUGGCUCGAACUUGCAUAGGGACUCCAUACUACUUGUCACCUGAAAUCUGUGAAAACAAACCUUAUAAUAACAAAAGUGACAUUUGGGCUCUGGGGUGUGUCCUUUAUGAGAUGUGUACCCUUAAACAUGCAUUUGAAGCUGGCAGUAUGAAGAACCUGGUACUGAAGAUAAUAUCUGGAUCUUUUCCACCUGUGUCUUUGCAUUAUUCUUAUGAUCUCCGCAGUUUGCUCUCUCAGUUAUUUAAAAGAAAUCCUAGGGAUAGACCAUCAGUCAACUCCAUAUUGGAGAAAGGUUUUAUAGCCAAACGUAUUGAAAAGUUCCUGUCACCUCAGCUUAUUGCAGAAGAAUUUUGUCUAAAAACGUUUUCAAGGUUUGGAGCACAGCCUGUACCAGCUAAAAGACCAGCUUCAGGACAAAGCUUGGUUUCUGUUGUAACUACUCAGAAAAUUACAAAACCUGCUGCUAAAUAUGGAGUACCUUUAACAUAUAAGAAACAUGAAGAUAAAAAAUUGCAUGGAAAGAAACCACUCCAAAAACAUAAACAGGCCCAUCAAACUCCAGUGAAGAGAGUGAAUCCUGGAGAACAAAGGAGGAAAAUGUUUGAGGAAGCCUCAAGAAAGAGAAUUUUGGAAUUUACUGAAAAAGAAAAGAAACAAAAGGAUCAGAUUAUUAAUUUAAUGAAGGCUGAACAAAUGAAAAGACAAGAAAAGGAAAGGUUGGAGAGAAUAAAUAGGGCCAGAGAACAAGGAUGGAGAAAUGUACUAAGUUCUGGUGGAAGUGGUGAAAUAAAGGCUUCCUUUUUUGGCAGUGGAGGGGCUCUAGCUCCAUCUUUUUCUCCUCGAGGACAAUAUGAACAUUACCAUGCCAUUUUUGAUCAAAUGCAGCAACAAAGAGCAGAAGACAAUGAGGCUAAAUGGAAAGGAGAAAUACAUGGUCGAGGGCUUCCAGAAAGAGGAAUUCUGCCUGGAGCUCGUCCAGGAUUUCCUAAAGGGGCUGCAGGUCAUCAACACCAUUUCCCUGAUGCUGAUGAUAUUAGGAAAACUUUGAAAAGAUUGAAGGCCGUGUCUAAACAAGCCAGUGCAAACAGGCAAAAGGGUCAGCUAGCUCUAGAAAGAGCUAAACAAGUGGAAGAGUUCCUGCAGCGAAAACGGGAGGCUUUGCAGAACAAAGCUCGAGCCGAAGGCCAUGUGGGAAUCCUGCAAAACCUGGCAGCUAUGUAUGGAGGCAGGUCCAGCUCUUCAAGAGGAGGGAGGCCAAGAAACAAAGAGGAAGAGGUUUAUCUGGCAAGACUGAGGCAAAUAAGACUACAGAAUUUCAAUGAGCGCCAGCAAAUUAAAGCUAAACUUCGUGGUGAAAAUAAAGGAGCUGAUAGUUCCGAAGGAGAAGGAAGUGAAGAGGCUGAUGUGAGGCGAAAAAAAAUCGAAUCAGUCAAGGCCCGAGCAAAUGCACGUGCUGCUGUCCUAAAAGAACAGCUAGAGCGAAAGAGAAAAGAAGCCUAUGAGAGAGAGAAGAGAGUGUGGGAAGAGCAUUUGGUGGCUAAAAGUUCUGAUGUUUCUUCACCUUUGGGCCAGCAUGAAGCAGGUGGCUCUCCGUCAAAGCAAAUGAAACCUGUUAUUUCUGUGACUUCAGCUUUAAAGGAAGUGGGUGUGGACAGUAGUUUAACUGACACCCAGGAAAGUUCAGAAGAAAUGCAAAAGACCAAUAAUGCUAUUUCAAGUAAGCGAGACAUACUACGUAGAUUAAAUGAAAAUCUCAAAGCUCACGAAGAUGAAAGAGGAAAGCAGCGUCACUCUGACACUCAUGAGAUCAUUGCUCAUGAAGAUGCUGACGAGCAUGGAAAGGGAGAGUUCGUUUCAUCUGAUCGCAAGAGGUGGGAUGCAGGAGGUCAACUUGUGAUCCCUCCGGAUCACCUAACACUGGAUAUGUCCUUCUCUGCAUCCAGAAAACAUACUGUGGGAGAAGUUAUUAAAUUAGAUCCUAGUGGAUCUCCAAGAAAAGUCUGGGGGAAAAGUCCUACAGAUUCUGUUCUAAAGAUACUUGGAGAAGCUGAAUUGCAACUUCAAACAGAAGUAUUAGAAAACACAACUGUUAGAAGUGAGAUUUCUCCUGAAGAGGAAAAGUACAAGCCUUUAAUUAUUGGAGAAGAAGUACAGUGUAUUUCACAUGAAAUAAAGCCAUCAACUACUGUUGAUUCUCCUUUUGAGACAAAAAGUCCCAAGUUUAGGGAGGCAGCUCCACAGACAUCAUUGAAACCUGAAGGAAAUUUGGAGGAACCUGAUGAUUUGGAGGCAGAAGUUCUACAGGAGCCAAGUGAAACAAACAGAAAUGAACGCUUGCCAUGCCCUGUUACCGAUGUGUGGAUAAUUGAGGAAAAACAAACAAAGCAAACUGAGUUGAAAGGUGGGAUCACCACUCAGCAAGGUGAAGUUCCUGAAGAGGGAGUCCUCAGGAAUGUGGAUCAACGCAGGGAAGUCUACACAGAACCUGGGAUAGAUGAUUCUCAGCACUCCAAAUGUGAUACAGAUAAAUCUAUGCAACCAGAACCAUUUUUCCAUAAAGUGGGUCAUUCUGAACCUUUGAACUUAAUCUCUCAAGUUCAGUCAAUUAAUUGUUCACCAGGAGAAUCCUUUCCCCUUCGAUCUCACUCUGAUUCACCACCAAAAAGUAAAAACAAGAAUUCCUUACUGAUUGGACUUUCAACUGGUCUGUUUGAUGCAAACAACCCAAAGAUGUUGAGGACAUGUUCACUUCCAGAUCUCUCAAAGUUGUUCAGAACCCUGAAAGAUGUCCCCGUUGUAGGAGAUGGACCUCAAGACAAUCUUGAAAUAGAUGAAAUUGAAGAUGAACACAUUCAAGAGGGACCUUCUGAUUCUGAAGAUGUUGUGUUUGAAGAAACUGACACAGAUUUACAAGAGCUCCAGGCGUCAAUGGAGCAGUUACUCAGGGAACAACCUGGUGAGGAAUACAGUGAGGAGGAAGAGUCGAUCUUAAAGAACAGUGAUGUGGAGCAGACUGCCACUGGAACAGGGCUGGCAGAGGAGGAGGACAGUCCCAGCAGUGAAAGUGCCUUGAAUGAGGAGUGGCACUCAGAUAACAGUGAUGGUGAAGCUGUCAGUGAAUGUGAAUGUGACAGUGUCUUCAACCACUUAGAGGAACUGAGACUCCACCUGGAGCAAGAGAUGGGCUUUGACAAGUUCUUUGAGGUGUAUGAGAAAAUAAAAGCUAUUCAUGAAGAUGAAGAUGAAAAUAUUGAAAUUUGUUCAAAAAUAGCUCAAAAUAUUUUGGGAAGUGAACAUCAGCAUCUUUAUGCCAAGAUUCUUCAUUUAGUCAUGGCAGAUGGAGCCUACCAAGAAGAUAAUGAUGAAUAAUCCUCAGAACAUUCUUUAAUCCUCAACUACAUGAAAGCAUUUGAGUUUGGCUCAUCAGAAUAUAAGUUUCAGUGGGAAAUACAACAAUUAUUUAUUUAAAAAAUCAGAUUUAAAAUGAGUAUGCUUAUUGCAUGACAAAGAUGGAAAAAUAUGCCAUUUCGCAGCAAAGAUUCUAGUAUUUUAUCUAUUUUGCUUAAGUUCUGUAGUUGAAUCCUGUAGGAUAUAUACUUCAUUAAACCACCCAACCAAACCAUAAGAAACAUUGACCCAGAACUGAACUUAAUGGUUUGAAGAUUUACUAUGCAAUAAGGUACCUCUGACUUUCAGCAGAUGUCUUUAGGUUGAAAGAAUUACCGGUGUUAGGAAAGACCUGCCUGAGGUUUUUCAUUCAAGUCUUAAAACAGGACACUUUUUUUCUGUGUGAUAUUUGUUUUCAUCCUGGCCAGCAAUUCUGCAUCAUAUAACCUUGUCAAGGGCUCUGUUGAAGAUGCAAUAUUUAGCCUUAAGGUUUAUAUUCACAAGUCUUUUUUUCAACCAGUGUGUCUCCUGAGCUAGUUCAGUGAAAACAGUCUAUAGAAACAGUCUCAGAAAUCAUUAAACAAUUUGAUUAUGAGCAAAUAGCAAGAUUAUAUUUCCCAGUAUUUGAAGAGUUGGUUUAUUACCUCUGUUUCUCAUUAAGGACCAGAACCAGGAAUACUAUGUCUAAAAAUUAAUAUGUGGAUUUUAACAUUUACCUAGUUAAAUGUUACCUAGUAAAGUUGCCCUCUUGGUUUUUAACUUUCUCUGAUGAAUAUGCUUCAAGGUCAAUAAUGGGGUUAAAAGAACAAUGGAAUCAUUUUUACUUUGACACUGUCAGAUUUGGUAACCUGUAUCCCAAAGGGAAGUGUUUGCCUUUCAUGCUUCUUUCCAUUAGGAGAGGAUUUAGUUAAGUCAUUAACAUGAUGGUCUCUCAGCUUUAAUCGCAGUAUGCCACGUAUUACAUGGUUUCAUUAGUGACAUCAGUCCAGAUGUUUUUAUAAUAAAAGCAAAAUUUUUGAAACUCCCAAGUACAAAGCAGACUGAUUUGCAUAAUAUGUAAUUUGAAUAAUAAAAUCUUGCAGCACUAUCAAUAUAUGUUGAAUUUAUUAUGUAUAUUAUUUCUA